AUGGCACCCACCACCGUUCUGAUUACCGGAGCCAACCGCGGCCUUGGCAAGGGCCUCAUCGAGCUUUACCUCUCCAAGCCCAACCAUAUCGUCGUGGCCGCUGUCCGCGACCCAUCGCACUCCACCUCCCAAGCCCUAUCCUCCAUCGCCAAGGCGGAUGACAGCAAACUGGUACUGGUCAAGUACGACGCGGGCAUCGAGCAGGAUGCGUACGACGUGGUGGAAAGCCUGCAAAAGUCGCACGGCGUCGACAAGCUCGACGUGGUGGUGGCCAACGCGGCCAUCGCCAAGGGGUUCGUAAAGGUCAAGGACGCGACGCGGGCCGACGCCCUGGAGCACAUCACCGUCAACGUCCUGGGCGUGCUGUCGCUGUUCCAAGCGACCAGGCCGCUGCUCGAGAAGGCGGCGGCGGCGGCCGCGGCGGCAUCUUCCUCCGCGGACGAGAAGCCCAUCUUCGCCAUCAUCGGCACCAUCGCCGGCAGCCUGGGCGACCAGCCCAACAUGCCCAACGCCAUCUACGGCGCCUCGAAGUCCAUGGUGCACUGGUACGGCAAGCGUCUGCACCUCGAGGAGGAGUGGCUCACCAGCUUGGUCAUCCACCCGGGCUGGGUGCAGACCGACAUGGGCAACUUUGGCGCUCAGUUCAUGGGCGUCACCGAGGCGCCUGUCACCAUCGACGACUCGGUCAAUGGCAUGUUUGCCAUCCUGACCGACAAGGAGGCCAGGGACAAGUGGGGUGGCAAGCUGGUUGUGUACGACCAGAGUGUCCUUGCUUGGUAG